AAGUCUGUCCACAAUAUGGACAAGUGUCGACCUCUAGCGGAUUUUUAUAGAAGUAUAACCGCGUCAGCCGCGAUUGUUUGUAACGCCGGUUGCCGUGGUUGCCUCCCGCCCCCACCGGUACCCAACUUACGCCAGCCUACUGCCUGCAACCGCACUCAACUUCCAGUCUUCGAGGAGAGUUCGACGGCGGUUGAUCACACACACACACACACACCGACAGUGCCUUCUACAUUUACACAUCAAACCACAUCAAACAGCAAGUGUUCGAGCGGCAGCCGCAUCGAACCGAGUCGGCCCUUCACAACUAUCAACAUCAUGUCGGCCGAGCCCGAGCUAGUCGUCAACGGGCGCGCCAACGGCGGCGCCAGCAGCAGCGGUGGUGACGGAGACGGCGGCAGCGGCGGCGGAGGCGACGUGCCGGAGAUCGAACUGAUCAUCAAGGCAUCGACUAUUGAUGGCCGCCGCAAGGGAGCAUGCCUCUUCUGCCAGGAGUACUUCAUGGAUCUGUAUUUACUAGCUGAAUUAAAAACCAUCAGUCUCAAAGUAACCACUGUUGACAUGCAGAAGCCGCCGCCAGACUUCCGCACAAACUUCGAAGCGACUCCGCCACCUAUUCUCAUCGACGGCGGCAUGGCCAUAUUAGAGAACGAGAAAAUCGAGCGUUACAUCAUGAAGAACGUGCCAGGUGGACACAAUCUCUUCAUUCAGGAUAAAGAAGUGGCGACGUUGAUAGAGAACUUGUACAGCAAGUUGAAGCUGGUGCUGGUGAAGAAGGACGACAUAAAGAGCAACAUGCUCAAAUCGCACUUGCAGCGCAUCGACACCCACUUAGCGAAACGUGGCACACGUUUCCUCACUGGCGACACCAUGUGCUGCUUCGACUGCGAGCUGAUGCCGCGCCUGCAGCACAUCCGCGUCGCCGCCAAGUACUUCGUCGACUUCGACAUCCCGAAGGAGUUCCGGGCGUUGUGGCGUUACAUGUUCCACAUGUAUCAGCUGGACGCCUUCACGCAGAGCUGUCCUGCCGAUCAGGACAUCAUCAAUCACUACAAGCUGCAGCAGGCGCUGAAGAUGAAGAAGCACGAGGAAUUGGAGACGCCAACCUUUACGACUUCGAUUCCGGUCGAAACGAAUCCAUAAGUUUGUCACUUCAAGGGGCAGAAGGGUUGGUUGGUGUGUUGAUGGUGAGAGAUGAGAGAGCGGGUAGACAAACGCGGGCUUCGUAACAUUUUUUUGUUAGGUUUUUACCUUUUUCUUUCUUAUCUUAUUUUAUUUCUUCGUAUUAUUAAUAACAAGCGCAUUUAGAGUAAAUUUUGUUUCCAAAAAUUGCAUAUUAUUUUCUAGUCUGCCCAAGAAAGAAAAAUCGAUGAUGAUAUUUUAAAAGCCACCGAAACAAAAUUUGAACGCGUGCAUUUGCAUCUAGCUGAAGACGGGCGCAGGGAGACUCCCAGUGUAUUUCAAAAAUAUUUAUAUAAUAACAUUGAAUGCUAUCGGUUUGUUUGUUUUUUUUCGGCGGGAUGAGUUCCAACUUUAAAUUACAAUUAUGGACAUUUUUGAGUUUCAUUUUGAGCACCGAUUGAUUGUAAUACGUAUUACUACUAUUAAUGUUCGUUUUAUAUUAAAAGAUGUGUAGUGAUUGAUGUUGACAACCACAUAUUCUAUAAUAAAUAUUUAUAGUUCA